AUGCCCAUCACUAAGAUCAUAUCAACUUCUGACGGCGAAGCGGGGUCAAAACCAAGCAUCUCUUUAGUGCCCGAUACGCCAUCUAAACCAGAAGUUUCCCCUAGGCAUCAUCGUCUUUCAAAGUCGCUUUCGAAGUUCAAGCACUGGAGAGGUAGAUCAAAUAGUAGUUUACCAAUGGGCCCGGUUGAACAGGAGAGCUUGCAGGGCAGGCUAGGUGAGGUCUACAGUGAUAAUGAAGAUAACGGUUACAAUAAGGGCAACGUGGAUGACUUGGCGAAAUCCAAGUACAUGAUGAAAAGCAUUGCUGGUCUAUUAACGACAGCUAGUGUGUAUGCUGGGAUGAAUAGUGCUCAGGAAAUGAAUGCGUUAGUGCAAGUCGAUUCUGAGGAAUCUGAUUCUAAUGACAGUCACCAGGCAAAUUUUGGUAAAAAUGAAGUAAGAAGCAAAAAGGAGAGUUCUAGAACUAAAGAAUGUCCAGAAAUAUCAAGAUUAGAUAAAAGAAGCCCGACCUUAUUCGACUUUUCAGUAACUAGGGAAAAACUAUCAAAAGACAAUGUUAGUAAACUAAGACAGCGGUUUUGCUUAGACGAACAGGAACCCUUUUUGAAUGAUUUUCCUGCAUGGUUACUUAAAGAUGUGUUGGUUCAAGGCCAUAUUUUUAUCACAAUGAAACAUUUUCUAUUUUUUGCCUAUUUACCUAAGAAUCCUCGGUCGGUUAAAAUGUCUGGAAACCUCAAUAUUAGGACAAAGCUCAUUAGGUCUACCAGGUAUUGGUGCGUUUUGAAAAAUCAUUUGUUUUCUAUGUACACUUCAUCGACUGAGUUGUAUUUCCCUGUUCUAACUAUAGAUUUAAGGGAUGUCCAGAAAAUCGAAACACAAAAACAUACUUUACACGGAAAUAAUACAAAAACUUUCAAGCUUUCUACAAAUGAAAAUUCAUUUAAAUUCAACGCAGAUUCAGAGUUUUCCGCUAAAUCAUGGGUAAACGCUCUGAAAAAAGAGCAGUUUGCGGCUCAAAAUUCUGAGAACAAUUCGAUAAGUCUAAAAAUUCCAUUACCAAAUAUCAUAGAAAUAGAUGAUCAACCUAUUGUUAAUAAAGCCUUGACCUUAAGAUUAAGGGCUUUAGAAAGUUCACAGACCUACGCUAUCGAUGAUUUUAUGUUUGUUUUUAUGGAUGGGUCCGGUAGCCAUGUCAAGGGCAGUCUUUGUCAACAGCUGAAUAAAUUACAGAAAUCUGGCGUCAAUACGCUUUACAACGAUAUUCCAGUUAAGAAAGCAAAAUCAGAUCAUGAAAACGAAGCUCUGGCGACAUCCGAGCACAAGAAAAUGGAAAAAUAUGGUGGCAGGGAUUCUAAUUACUUGAAUGUUCCAAAUUCAGAUGUACCCUCUUCAGAUAAUGGUAAAAGAAGUAGGUUCAGAUUUAGAGAAAGAAGUAAUAGUUGGUUCCGUAGAGCCAAACCUCUUGAAAAUUCACAAGUUGAGGACGUAGAGGAGAUAUACAAAGAUACGGCAGACGAUAUAGACUCUUCUGUGCACACCACAAUUCUUGCUCAUGAACAAGAGGAUAAUCAAGAACAAACCGUAGGUUGGAAGCCAAAUCAUCUCAAAAAUUUCGCGGAGAUGUGGGCCGCUAAACCAAUACACUACCGAAAUAAAUUUAUUAAUUUUGAAAAAGAUGACAUCUAUUUAAUAAAAGAAACCGAAAAAGUGCCUGCUAAUGAGCGGUUUAGGAAUCAUUUCAAGUUCAAUAAGGAGAAGUCACUAAUCAGCACUUACUAUACUUAUCUGAACAGAAAUGUUCCCGUUUAUGGGAAGAUUUAUGUAUCCAAUGAUACCGUGUGUUUCAGGUCCUUGUUGCCAGGAUCUAAUACACAAAUGGUUCUGCCGUUGAUUGAUGUAGAGACAUGCUAUAAAGAAAAGGGCUUUAGAUUUGGUUAUUUUGUAUUGGUUAUAGUGAUUCACGGUCAUGAGGAGCUGUUCUUUGAAUUUAGUACUGAAGUCGCCAGAGAUGAUAUUGAACGAAUCCUUUUAAAGCUCUUGGAUAACAUCUAUACAAGCAGUGGAGAAGGAUCGAAUAUGUCAACUGCCUCUCUUAGUGAUGUACAACAUAAUACUGAUUCAGCGAAGCUAAAGCUAUUUGAAGACAAAAUCAAUGCAGAGGGGUUUGAAGUACCGUUGAUGAUUGACGAGAAUCCGCACUAUAAAACCAACAUAACACCAAACAAAAGUUAUAAGUUUGGGCUAUUAACAAUUGGUUCAAGAGGCGAUGUUCAACCAUACAUUGCCUUGGGCAAAGGUUUGAUCAAGGAAGGCCAUCAAGUUGUAAUAAUUACACAUUCGGAAUUUCGAGACUUCGUCGAAAGUCAUGGAAUUCAAUUUGAAGAAAUUGCUGGUAACCCAGUAGAGCUAAUGUCCUUGAUGGUAGAGAAUGAAUCCAUGAACGUUAGAAUGCUCAGAGAGGCAUCAAGUAAAUUCAGAGGAUGGAUCGAUGCCCUUUUACAGACAUCUUGGGAGGUUUGUAAUAGAAGAAAGUUUGAUAUUUUGAUUGAAUCGCCAUCCGCAAUGGUUGGUAUUCAUAUUACUGAAGCAUUACAAAUUCCUUAUUUUCGAGCAUUUACCAUGCCAUGGACAAGAACAAGAGCAUAUCCGCAUGCUUUUAUCGUACCAGAUCAAAAGAGGGGCGGUAAUUACAAUUACCUAACACAUGUUCUUUUCGAAAAUGUUUUCUGGAAGGGAAUUAGCGGGCAAGUAAAUAAAUGGAGGGUGGAAACACUUGGGUUAGGGAAAACAAAUCUUUUCCUUUUACAACAAAACAACGUUCCUUUCCUGUACAACGUUUCUCCAACCAUUUUUCCACCAUCAAUUGACUUUAGCGAGUGGGUGAGAGUUACAGGGUAUUGGUUUCUCGACGAUAAAAGUACGUUUAAACCGCCACCUAAUUUACAAAGCUUCAUUUCCGAAGCAAGAGCAAAAGACAAAAAAUUGGUUUAUAUCGGUUUUGGUUCAAUCGUAGUCUCUAACGCCAAAGAAAUGACAGAGGCUCUUGUUGAAGCUGUCGUGGAGGCAGAUGUCUACUGCAUUUUAAAUAAAGGAUGGUCAGAGAGAUUGGACGAUAAGGCGGCAAAGAAUAUAGAGGUAGAUCUUCCACGAAACAUACUAAAUAUUGAAAAUAUUCCCCAUGAUUGGUUAUUCCCACAGGUUGAUGCAGCAGUUCAUCAUGGUGGUUCCGGUACUACGGGCGCUUCAUUGCGCGCUGGUUUACCCACCGUUAUAAAACCUUUUUUUGGCGAUCAAUUCUUUUAUGCCGGUAGAGUAGAAGAUAUUGGGGUUGGUAUUGCCCUAAAGAAACUAAACGCUGAAACACUAGCAGACGCCUUAAAAGUGGUUACGAAGAACAAAGUAAUGAAGGAUAGAGCUGAACUAAUAAAGAAGAAAAUUUCCCGAGAAGAUGGCAUUAAAACUGCAAUAAGUGCAAUAUAUAAUGAACUUGAGUAUGCGAGAAGUGUUACUCUAUCAAAAGUAAAAAAUCCACGUAAGACUGGGGAAAUGAUAGAUCCAACCAAACUAUCAUCAGCAGAAACAACAGAUGAAGCAUGGACGGUGAUUUGA